GUGAUAGGCGCCAAAAACGCGCGAAUUGAAUAACGCAUGCGUAGCCGUUCUUUUAAUGUCUGAGGGUAAAAUGGCGGCAGAGCAGGAGCAAUUUCAACAACUAAUUACCAGCCUCCUAAGUACUGAUAAUGCUGUUAGAUCUACAGCAGAGGAGACAUACAACAAUUUGCCAUUCGAAUCGAAAGUUCCAUGUCUACUAAGCACAGUUAGGAAUGCAGCAGUGAAUGAAGAUGAGCGUCAAAUGGCAGCCGUCCUCCUACGAAGACUCUUGUCAGCAGAUUUCAUGACAUUUUACCCUAAGCUGCCACCUGCUGCUCAACAAGAGUUAAAGGAUCAAGUUCUUCAGGCGGUCCAGCAGGAGCAAGUGGAUACAAUAAGACGGAAGGUCUGUGACGUGGCAGCAGAAGUUGCUCGAAAUCUUAUAGAUGAUGAUGGGAACAACCAGUGGCCAGAAUUCUUACAGUUCUUAUUUACGUGUGCAAGUACACCAAUUCCGCACCUCAAAGAAAGUGCUCUUCGAAUGUUCAGUUCUGUCCCUGGGGUAUUUGGAAACCAACAAGCAAACUAUUUAGAACUCAUCAAACAAAUGCUACAGAGGUCAUUGAUGGACACUGCUAACUAUGAGGUUCGUUUCCAGGCAGUCAGAGCAGUUUCGGCCUUCAUCAUACUUCAUGAAAAAGAAAUUGCAAUUCAGAAAAACUUCUCAGAUUUAUUGCCAGCUAUGAUACAGGUCACAGUUGAAAGUAUACAGAAACAGGAAGAUGAUUCAUUGUUAAAAUGUUUCAUUGAUAUGAGUGAAUCUUCCCCAAAAUUUUUACGACCCCAACUGGACAGCCUGUUGUGUGUUUGCAUGAAGGUCAUUUCUGAUGGAAAUAUGCCUGAUUCAUGGCGUCAUUUGGCAUUGGAAACUGUAGUAACAUUAGCAGAAACUGCUCCAGCUAUGUUACGAAAAAUUGGUGGCAAGUAUCUCACACAACUGAUACCAGAAAUACUGAAAAUGAUGACUGACCUAGAAGAGGAGGAAGAUUGGAGUGUUACAGAUGAGGUUGUGGAUGAAGAUAAUGACAGUAAUAACGUGGUAGCUGAAUCGGCACUGGAUCGUUUGGCAUGUGGUUUGGGUGGUAAUGCUCUAAUGCCACAUAUUGAAUCCACAAUUCCAACCAUGCUUUCAAGUACUGAUUGGAGACACAGGCAUGCUGCUCUUAUGGCUCUUUCAGCUGUGGGUGAAGGUUGCCAUAAACAGAUGGAGAAUCUUCUACCACAAAUAAUGGAAGGUGUGCUCAACUUUCUUCGCGAUCCUCACCCAAGAGUACGUUAUGCUGCGUGUAAUGCAAUUGGGCAAAUGUCAACUGAUUUUGCUCCAACUUUUGAGAAGAAAUUCCAUGACAAAGUUGUACCAGGUCUUCUGAUGGUUCUGGAAGACAAUGAAAACCCACGCGUGCAAGCACAUGCAGGUGCUGCGCUUGUCAAUUUUAGUGAAGACUGUCCCAAAAAUAUUUUAACACAAUAUCUUGAUGCAAUUAUGGAAAAACUGGAAGCUGUACUUAGUGCAAAAUUCAAGGAGCUUGUGGAGAAAGGGACCAAAUUGGUUCUUGAGCAAAUAGUGACAACUAUAGCAUCAGUUGCAGAUACGUCAGAGGAACAGUUUGUUGCUUAUUAUGAUCGUUUAAUGCCGUGCCUGAAGUAUAUAAUACAGAAUGCUAAUUCUGAGGAGCUGAAGACACUCAGAGGCAAAGCCAUUGAAUGUGUAAGCUUAAUUGGGUUAGCUGUUGGACCUGAAAAGUUUAUGCGAGACGCCAGUGAAGUAAUGGACCUACUUUUAAAAACUCAGACAACUGGUGAAUUGGCAGAUGAUGAUCCACAGACAUCGUACCUGAUAUCUGCUUGGGCAAGAAUAUGCAAAAUAUUAGGAAAACAGUUUGAACAGUACUUGCCACUUGUAAUGGGUCCUGUUAUGAAGACUGCUGGCAUGAAACCAGAGGUAGCGUUGUUGGAUAAUGAAGAUAUGCAGGGCAUUGAGAGUGAUAUUGAUUGGCAGUUUGUUUACCUUGGUGAACAGCAGAACUUUGGUAUCCGUACAUCUGGUCUGGAAGAUAAGGCCACUGCUUGUGAAAUGUUAGUGUGCUAUGCCCGUGAACUAAAAGAAGGUUUUGCGGACUAUGCGGAGGAAGUAGUGAGGCUCAUGGUACCAAUGCUGAAAUUUUAUUUUCAUGAUGGAGUGAGAACAGCUGCUGCUGAAAGCCUCCCAUAUCUUCUAGAGUGUGCCAAGAUAAAAGGCCCAGAGUACUUGAGAGAUAUGUGGUCAUUCAUCUACCCUGAACUACUAAGAGCAAUUGAUACUGAACCUGAAAACGAGGUACUGGCAGAACACAUGCAUUCAAUGGCAAAGUGCAUAGAAACUCUUGGUAGUUUCUACUUGACAGCAGAAACUGUGGGUGAACUAAUCCGUAUUGUUGAUAAAAUUAUGAAGGAUCACUUCGAAAAUGCAGCAGCACGACAAGAAAAGAGGAAAGAUGAAGAUUAUGAUGAGGUGGUAGAAGAGCAGCUUGUUGAUGAAAAUAAUGAAGAUGUUUAUAUAUUGAGCAAAGUUGCCGAUAUUGUACAUUCCCUUUUUUUGACUUACAAAGCAGACUUCUUCCCAUUCUUUGAUCAAGUUGUUGGACACUUCGUAAAAUGCUUGGCUCCAGAGAUGCCUUGGUCGGACCGUCAGUGGGCACUGUGUGUAUUUGAUGAUGCAAUUGAAUUUGGUGGCCCAGCUUGCAGCAAGUACCAGCAAUUUUUCUUGCAGCCAAUGCUGAACUACAUCACAGACAAAACAGCAGAAGUUCGACAAGCAGCUGUUUAUGGCUGGGGAGUUCUUGGACAGUUUGGAGGAGAUGGCUUUGCAGGUGCUUGUGCUGAAGCAAUUCCAAGGCUUAUUGAACUGAUCACUGCUGCUGACUCGAGAGCUGUCGAAAAUAUUAAUCCAACUGAGAAUGCUAUCUCUGCCGUGACAAAAAUUUUGAAGUACAACAGCUCGCAAGUAAAUGUUCAAGAACUUCUCCCACACUGGUUGUCAUGGCUACCUGUAUGGGAAGAUGAUGAUGAAUCACCGCAUGUGUAUGGUUAUUUAUGUGACCUGAUAGAAGCAAAUCAUCCACUUGUUCUUGGUCCAAAUAAUAGUAAUUUACCAAAACUGAUAGCUAUUAUUGCUGAGGCAUUUGCGAAAGAUGCCAUCAAUACGGAACAUGAUGUGGCAAAACGAAUGGUUGCAAUAAUUAGACACAUUCAGGGCACAGGUGAAAUGUUUCAGGUUUGUGUUGGUCAAUUGACUGCAGAGCAGCAGCAAGCACUACACCAGGUGCUCAGUGGAGCCUAGUGACAGCCUCCAGGUGCCACCACUGUUGCACAUGAACACAUUUAUUUUACAUAAAACUUCUGAAUCUUGAAAUGAAUUACACAGGAAAAUUUAAAUUAGUUUGCUUCUCACAUUUUAAAAUUCAUGUUUUGUUGCACUCUGUGAUAAUUGAAAAUAUCUGUUUUCCAAACAAUGUGUUAAAAUUACUGUAUUUAA